AGUUGGAAAAGAAAAAUCUCAUGUCAACAGAGCAGAACUGCCCAACACAUCAAAAACUAGAGUUGAUAUCGACAGAGCAAAACCGUCCUACAACCCACAAAUUAGAGUUGAUUUUGACAGAGCAAAACCAUCCUACAAACCAAGAAUUAAAGAUGAUGAUGUUAUGAGAGAACAGAAUGAAAUGAUGUUUCGUUACCGCGAUCAUUUGAAAUUACUAAAAAAGAAACAUUUGGCUGAUUUACUGGAAUAUAACAAUCAAGAAGCUAUUGCUGGGAGUGCCGAAAGUAUUCAUGAUAGAUUAGCUGAUGCGAUGACAUUCGGAGCAUUACUUCCUUGCGAAGAAUGCGGACACAGUCAAAUAGUGUUUCGUUCUGGUGUUGGAUAUUUAUGUUUUGCCAAUAAGAACGAAUGGGUCAAGUGUGAAGCAGUUACAGAUGACCCCAAACGAACACCUUUUCUAGUGCCAGACUACUUGAAAGACUUUGCAUUUUUAGCGUCGUACAAAUGUAAACCUCAGAAAAGAAUUUUCCAAUCUAAUCAACCUACUGUGUCCAAUGCCAGUGUACUCAGCGCCGGCACUUAUGCUGGCAAGAGCGUGAAAAGUGAACCAUCCACGUCAGGAGUGUCUUACAAAUAUCAACAUCAGAAAAGAAUUUUCCAAUCUAAUCAACCUACUGUGUCAAAUGCCAGAGUACUCAGCACCGGCACUUAUGCUGGCAAAAGUGUGAAAAGUGAACCAUCCACAUCAGGACUGAAAGUGAUUCGCGAUCGUGAUUUACCACUGAAGAAUAUGGAAGUAUCUUCAAUUGGAAGAUUACCGUUGACUAAGGAAGAAUUGAAGUUGAAAGUUACGAAAUUAGGUGGAAAGUGGACUACUACAAUUACCAAUCGAACAACAGUCAUUAUUGCUCGACCAGAUCUAAAAGGCUCAGCGAUAAAUUUAAAACUUGCCGAAGAAAAUGGAAUUCAAUUAGUUCCCAUCGAAUUUCUAGAAGAAUGUGAGAAACCCGGAGCAAAUGUUAUUUCGAUUAUCAACAGGAUGAAUUUAGCGACAUGGGGUUCCGAUCCUUCCAAUCGUAUGAAUUUCAAUGCAGUCGACUCGAAAUCUAAAUCAAAAUCUUUCGGUUUUACUGGUGGCAAGUACCAGUCAAAUCUUCCAUCCAAGGUGAAGCUCAAAGUUCAAAAUGGUGUGGCCGUUGAUCCAAUCUCUGGAUUGGAGUAUGAAGCUCAUGUGUACCGUUUCAAAGAAGACAUCUAUACCGCUGUACUUUCUCUAGUUGACCUGCAGUCCGGACGUAACUCUUACUAUAAACUUCAAGUUUUGGAAUCUAACGAUAAAAAAACGUACUGGUUGUUCCGUGCUUGGGGACGUGUUGGAACUAAUAUCGGAGAUGAUAAACUUGAACAAAAGGAUAGUAGAGAAGAUGCCAUCGCCCAAUUCGAGGCGUUAUUCAAAGAUAAAACCGCCAACUUGUGGAAAGACCGUGCUAAAUUCGUUAAAAAGCCGGGUAAAAUGAAUUGGGUUGAUGUAUCGUACGAAGAUAAAUCAAUCGAUAAGUCGAAGUUGUCCACAGUACCUUCCAAACUUCCGUACCGAGUUCAAAAUCUAAUCACUCUCAUAUUCAACGUAGAUAUUAUGAACAACGUCAUGUUAGAGUUCGAGCUGGAUACGGAGAAAAUGCCGUUGGGUAAACUGAGUAAAGAACAGAUAAAGAAAGCUUUCAAUGUGCUCAACGAACUGCAGAAUUGUAUAUCAGCAUCUGGUGAUCGUAGAACGAGGAACCAGAACUUAUUGGCUUUGACUAACAAAUUUUAUACCUUGAUUCCUCAUAGUUUCGGUGUUGAUAAUCCACCAUUGAUCGAUCACCUGGGUACUAUAAUACAAAAAAAUGAAAUGUUGCGCGCCCUAAUGGAAAUGGAAAUUGCGUACUCGAUACUCAAAGAUGUAGAAUCUGAAAACAAAGACGUUCACGUUAUCGAUUCGUAUUAUUUGAAAUUGAAAGCAGAAAUUCGUCCUUUGAACAGAACUGAUCCGGCAUUUCAAACGCUGCAAUUAUAUGUUCAAAAUUCUCACGCCGAAAUGCAUAGCUGGUACGUUCUCGAAAUCGUUGAAAUUUAUAAAGUCGAAAGAGAAGGAGAACGUAAGCGAUACGAACCAUUCAAAAACUUACACAACAGGAAGCUAUUGUGGCACGGUUCCAGACUUACCAACUUCGCCGGCAUCCUAUCUCGGGGUCUCCGUAUAGCACCUCCCGAAGCACAACUGACCGGUGAUAUGUUCGGUAAAGGUGUCUACUUCGCUGAUAGGGUGUCGAAAUCGGCGAAUUAUUGCGAGGCCAAGAAUACAAACAAUACUGGUCUGGUAUUAUUAUGCCAGGUAGCACUUGGAGAUACGCACGAACUUACUCGAGCCCAAAACGGCGUAUUGAAGCCACCCGCAGGUAAGCACAGCGUCAUAGGAUUGGGUAAAAUAGAACCUGAUCCUCGUCAAUCCAUUAUUCGAAGAGAUGGUGUUGAAAUACCAUUGGGAGAAGGAAUUGUUAUCGACUCACAGAGAGGGUUGUGGCACAACGAGUACAUUGUUUAUGAUGUCGCUCAAGUUAAGGUGGAAUAUUUGGUGCAACUGAAGUUCCUUUACAAGUGAUUUUCAAAAGAAUAACAAAGUUAUCAUUAUUUUGUUCUUAUUCCAUUGUUCGUUGUUAUUUAAUCCUGUAUUAUUAUACAUUUGAUUACUAGAUAUUAUCGUCAAGUCAUCGUUCUUAUUUUAAUUGAAGUUUCUCUUCAGUAAUUUAC